AUGCGGCUUUUCCAACGUCUUAACGUUCUCGGCUCUCCCCCCACAUUCCCUCCCCCUCACCUCCCCCUCACCUCCCCCUCACCUCCCCCUCACCUCGCUCCUCCCAAUUCCCUCCCCUUCACCCCUCCCCCUCUCUCUGUUCCCUCCCCCUCACCUUCCCCUCCAUCUCGCCCCCCCCGACCUCCGCACCCCAGCCCCCCAGGGUACUAUUUCCGGCCGGGCACGGGGGGCGGCAAGAGCAUGUGGCACAUCUACCUGCCGCACGGGGGGUGGUGCCGCAAUGCCAACGAGUGUGUCGGCAGGAGCAGGACGGCGCUCGGCAGCAGCACGUUUUACCCCGCCGAUCCCACCAACGCGGUAUGCUGCGCUCUCCCUUACAGCCCCCUGUUCUCUCCAAAGCCCCCUUCUGUACUCCCACCUACCCUUCCCGAGAUGGCGCAAAGCAGCAGCACCUUCUUUCCUCCUCCCUCCUCCUCCAAGGGCGUACCCCCAAGAACGCGGUAUGCUGCGCUCUCCCUUACAGCCCCCUGUUCUCUCCAAAGCCCCCUUCUGUACUCCCACCUACCCUUCCCGAGAUGGCGCAAAGCAGCAGCACCUUCUUUCCUCCUCCCUCCUCCUCCAAGGGCGUACCCCCAAGAACGCGGUAUGCUGCGCUCUCCCUUACAGCCCCCUGUUCUCUCCAAAGCCCCCUUCUGUACUCCCACCUACCCUUCCCGAGAUGGCGCAAAGCAGCAGCACCUUCUUUCCUCCUCCCUCCUCCUCCAAGGGCGUACCCCCAAGAACGCGGUAUGCUGCGCUCUCCCUUACAGCCCCCUGUUCUCUCCAAAGCCCCCUUCUGUACUCCCACCUACCCUUCCCGAGAUGGCGCAAAGCAGCAGCACCUUCUUUCCUCCUCCCUCCUCCUCCAAGGGCGUACCCCCAAGAACGCGGUAUGCUGCGCUCUCCCUUACAGCCCCCUGUUCUCUCCAAAGCCCCCUUCUGUACUCCCACCUACCCUUCCCGAGAUGGCGCAAAGCAGCAGCACCUUCUUUCCUCCUCCCUCCUCCUCCAAGGGCGUACCCCCAAGAACGCGGUAUGCUGCGCUCUCCCUUACAGCCCCCUGUUCUCUCCAAAGCCCCCUUCUGUACUCCCACCUACCCUUCCCGAGAUGGCGCAAAGCAGCAGCACCUUCUUUCCUCCUCCCUCCUCCUCCAAGGGCGUACCCCCAAGAACGCGGUAUGCUGCGCUCUCCCUUACAGCCCCCUGUUCUCUCCAAAGCCCCCUUCUGUACUCCCACCUACCCUUCCCGAGAUGGCGCAAAGCAGCAGCACCUUCUUUCCUCCUCCCUCCUCCUCCAAGGGCGUACCCCCAAGAACGCGGUAUGCUGCGCUCUCCCUUACAGCCCCCUGUUCUCUCCAAAGCCCCCUUCUGUACUCCCACCUACCCUUCCCGAGAUGGCGCAAAGCAGCAGCACCUUCUUUCCUCCUCCCUCCUCCUCCAAGGGCGUACCCCCAAGAACGCGGUAUGCUGCGCUCUCCCUUACAGCCCCCUGUUCUCUCCAAAGCCCCCUUCUGUACUCCCACCUACCCUUCCCGAGAUGGCGCAAAGCAGCAGCACCUUCUUUCCUCCUCCCUCCUCCUCCAAGGGCGUACCCCCAAGAACGCGGUAUGCUGCGCUCUCCCUUACAGCCCCCUGUUCUCUCCAAAGCCCCCUUCUGUACUCCCACCUACCCUUCCCGAGAUGGCGCAAAGCAGCAGCACCUUCUUUCCUCCUCCCUCCUCCUCCAAGGGCGUACCCCCAAGAACGCGGUAUGCUGCGCUCUCCCUUACAGCCCCCUGUUCUCUCCAAAGCCCCCUUCUGUACUCCCACCUACCCUUCCCGAGAUGGCGCAAAGCAGCAGCACCUUCUUUCCUCCUCCCUCCUCCUCCAAGGGCGUACCCCCAAGAACGCGGUAUGCUGCGCUCUCCCUUACAGCCCCCUGUUCUCUCCAAAGCCCCCUUCUGUACUCCCACCUACCCUUCCCGAGAUGGCGCAAAGCAGCAGCACCUUCUUUCCUCCUCCCUCCUCCUCCAAGGGCGUACCCCCAAGAACGCGGUAUGCUGCGCUCUCCCUUACAGCCCCCUGUUCUCUCCAAAGCCCCCUUCUGUACUCCCACCUACCCUUCCCGAGAUGGCGCAAAGCAGCAGCACCUUCUUUCCUCCUCCCUCCUCCUCCAAGGGCGUACCCCCAAGAACGCGGUAUGCUGCGCUCUCCCUUACAGCCCCCUGUUCUCUCCAAAGCCCCCUUCUGUACUCCCACCUACCCUUCCCGAGAUGGCGCAAAGCAGCAGCACCUUCUUUCCUCCUCCCUCCUCCUCCAAGGGCGUACCCCCAAGAACGCGGUAUGCUGCGCUCUCCCUUACAGCCCCCUGUUCUCUCCAAAGCCCCCUUCUGUACUCCCACCUACCCUUCCCGAGAUGGCGCAAAGCAGCAGCACCUUCUUUCCUCCUCCCUCCUCCUCCAAGGGCGUACCCCCAAGAACGCGGUAUGCUGCGCUCUCCCUUACAGCCCCCUGUUCUCUCCAAAGCCCCCUUCUGUACUCCCACCUACCCUUCCCGAGAUGGCGCAAAGCAGCAGCACCUUCUUUCCUCCUCCCUCCUCCUCCAAGGGCGUACCCCCAAGAACGCGGUAUGCUGCGCUCUCCCUUACAGCCCCCUGUUCUCUCCAAAGCCCCCUUCUGUACUCCCACCUACCCUUCCCGAGAUGGCGCAAAGCAGCAGCACCUUCUUUCCUCCUCCCUCCUCCUCCAAGGGCGUACCCCCAAGAACGCGGUAUGCUGCGCUCUCCCUUACAGCCCCCUGUUCUCUCCAAAGCCCCCUUCUGUACUCCCACCUACCCUUCCCGAGAUGGCGCAAAGCAGCAGCACCUUCUUUCCUCCUCCCUCCUCCUCCAAGGGCGUACCCCCAAGAACGCGGUAUGCUGCGCUCUCCCUUACAGCCCCCUGUUCUCUCCAAAGCCCCCUUCUGUACUCCCACCUACCCUUCCCGAGAUGGCGCAAAGCAGCAGCACCUUCUUUCCUCCUCCCUCCUCCUCCAAGGGCGUACCCCCAAGAACGCGGUAUGCUGCGCUCUCCCUUACAGCCCCCUGUUCUCUCCAAAGCCCCCUUCUGUACUCCCACCUACCCUUCCCGAGAUGGCGCAAAGCAGCAGCACCUUCUUUCCUCCUCCCUCCUCCUCCAAGGGCGUACCCCCAAGAACGCGGUAUGCUGCGCUCUCCCUUACAGCCCCCUGUUCUCUCCAAAGCCCCCUUCUGUACUCCCACCUACCCUUCCCGAGAUGGCGCAAAGCAGCAGCACCUUCUUUCCUCCUCCCUCCUCCUCCAAGGGCGUACCCCCAAGAACGCGGUAUGCUGCGCUCUCCCUUACAGCCCCCUGUUCUCUCCAAAGCCCCCUUCUGUACUCCCACCUACCCUUCCCGAGAUGGCGCAAAGCAGCAGCACCUUCUUUCCUCCUCCCUCCUCCUCCAAGGGCGUACCCCCAAGAACGCGGUAUGCUGCGCUCUCCCUUACAGCCCCCUGUUCUCUCCAAAGCCCCCUUCUGUACUCCCACCUACCCUUCCCGAGAUGGCGCAAAGCAGCAGCACCUUCUUUCCUCCUCCCUCCUCCUCCAAGGGCUCCCAAUGCCCAUUGGCUUGACUUGGCCCCAUCGCUUCACCUCAUGACUUUCACUGGUGCCUCGUCUUCUUAUGAUGCUGCUGCUACUAUUGCUUCAGAUAUGGCGCAAAGCAGCAGCACCUUCUUUCCUCCUCCCUCCUCCUCCAAGGGCGUACCCCCAAGAACGCGGUAUGCUGCGCUCUCCCUUACAGCCCCCUGUUCUCUCCAAAGCCCCCUUCUGUACUCCCACCUACCCUUCCCGAGAUGGCGCAAAGCAGCAGCACCUUCUUUCCUCCUCCCUCCUCCUCCAAGGGCGUACCCCCAAGAACGCGGUAUGCUGCGCUCUCCCUUACAGCCCCCUGUUCUCUCCAAAGCCCCCUUCUGUACUCCCACCUACCCUUCCCGAGAUGGCGCAAAGCAGCAGCACCUUCUUUCCUCCUCCCUCCUCCUCCAAGGGCGUACCCCCAAGAACGCGGUAUGCUGCGCUCUCCCUUACAGCCCCCUGUUCUCUCCAAAGCCCCCUUCUGUACUCCCACCUACCCUUCCCGAGAUGGCGCAAAGCAGCAGCACCUUCUUUCCUCCUCCCUCCUCCUCCAAGGGCGUACCCCCAAGAACGCGGUAUGCUGCGCUCUCCCUUACAGCCCCCUGUUCUCUCCAAAGCCCCCUUCUGUACUCCCACCUACCCUUCCCGAGAUGGCGCAAAGCAGCAGCACCUUCUUUCCUCCUCCCUCCUCCUCCAAGGGCGUACCCCCAAGAACGCGGUAUGCUGCGCUCUCCCUUACAGCCCCCUGUUCUCUCCAAAGCCCCCUUCUGUACUCCCACCUACCCUUCCCGAGAUGGCGCAAAGCAGCAGCACCUUCUUUCCUCCUCCCUCCUCCUCCAAGGGCGUACCCCCAAGAACGCGGUAUGCUGCGCUCUCCCUUACAGCCCCCUGUUCUCUCCAAAGCCCCCUUCUGUACUCCCACCUACCCUUCCCGAGAUGGCGCAAAGCAGCAGCACCUUCUUUCCUCCUCCCUCCUCCUCCAAGGGCGUACCCCCAAGAACGCGGUAUGCUGCGCUCUCCCUUACAGCCCCCUGUUCUCUCCAAAGCCCCCUUCUGUACUCCCACCUACCCUUCCCGAGAUGGCGCAAAGCAGCAGCACCUUCUUUCCUCCUCCCUAGCAUAGCAUUGCCCUAUGGCGCAAAGCAGCAGCACCUUCUUUCCUCCUCCCUCCUCCUCCAAGGGCGUACCCCCAAGAACGCGGUAUGCUGCGCUCUCCCUUACAGCCCCCUGUUCUCUCCAAAGCCCCCUUCUGUACUCCCACCUACCCUUCCCGAGAUGGCGCAAAGCAGCAGCACCUUCUUUCCUCCUCCCUCCUCCUCCAAGGGCGUACCCCCAAGAACGCGGUAUGCUGCGCUCUCCCUUACAGCCCCCUGUUCUCUCCAAAGCCCCCUUCUGUACUCCCACCUACCCUUCCCGAGAUGGCGCAAAGCAGCAGCACCUUCUUUCCUCCUCCCUCCUCCUCCAAGGGCGUACCCCCAAGAACGCGGUAUGCUGCGCUCUCCCUUACAGCCCCCUGUUCUAUCCAAAGCCCCCUUCUGUACUCCCACCUACCCUUCCCGAGAUGGCGCAAAGCAGCAGCACCUUCUUUCCUCCUCCCUCCUCCUCCAAGGGCGUACCCCCAAGAACGCGGUAUGCUGCGCUCUCCCUUACAGCCCCCUGUUCUCUCCAAAGCCCCCUUCUGUACUCCCACCUACCCUUCCCGAGAUGGCGCAAAGCAGCAGCACCUUCUUUCCUCCUCCCUCCUCCUCCAAGGGCGUACCCCCAAGAACGCGGUAUGCUGCGCUCUCCCUUACAGCCCCCUGUUCUCUCCAAAGCCCCCUUCUGUACUCCCACCUACCCUUCCCGAGAUGGCGCAAAGCAGCAGCACCUUCUUUCCUCCUCCCUCCUCCUCCAAGGGCGUACCCCCAAGAACGCGGUAUGCUGCGCUCUCCCUUACAGCCCCCUGUUCUCUCCAAAGCCCCCUUCUGUACUCCCACCUACCCUUCCCGAGAUGGCGCAAAGCAGCAGCACCUUCUUUCCUCCUCCCUAGCAUAG